UGUAGACUUAAUCCUUUGUCGCCACAUUGAUGCUCUGGUAAAAGGAGUCGUCAUAGAUUUCAUAGAUGACGCUCGCCUGAAAACAAAGAGGGGACGACAUGAACACAGCGGAGCUGCAGUGAUGGUAUUUACAGGUGAGGCCGUUUCCACCCGAACAAACCGCUAAAGAAGCGUUUUGUGCUGGAGGUUUGAGGAGACAGCAGGUCUUCAAGGUUUCAGCUUCUCUGAGUGAAACCACCAGCUUCUCCUCGUAUUCCUGUUUAAUAGUUCUGAGGAGCCUCUGGGAGCCUUCAUUUGCUGAUAGUAACGCUAACAACUAAAUGACUAAAUGACAGCUGAACCACACAGACAUCCCACAGAUCAGUCCCACCCCCCUGUGUGUGAAACAUCAGGUUCACGCACCCGGACACGGACUGAACCGAACCGAACCGAACCGACACCCACCAUCGAUGAGCGCCAGGAAGGAGCCGGUGGAGUUCACCAGACCUCUGUGUCGCCCACGGUCACACGUCGGAUCUCCACAUACAGGCGUCCCUGUGUGGACACGAGGCCGUGCCGUCCAGACCAGGACACGGUAUCAGUGGUGUCAAUGAGAACGUGGAUACAGAGGAACCACCUGCUUCCAUUGGCUGCUCCCUCACAUGAAUAAAGCCCUGUCUCCAGCUACGUAGGUGAGGAUGAAACCGGACGUGAUGUUCAGGGGCGCUGAGGUGAGUCAGGACGUCAGUGAUGAGCAGUUCGAGUACCAUUAGUACCCGGUUGGUUCUGCAUCUGUUCUAACCACAUUCAUUCAAUCAAACUCACAGAGGCUGUACCUGCCAUGAGCACUGUGGCGUUGGCUGUUUGAAUCUGGAUGUUUCCUUCUUCACACAGAAACGCCACGUUUCCAGACAGGAGUGAGAAGCAGGUGAUGCUCCUGCUCUGCCCGGCGGCGCCUGUGUAAAUGGUGGAUGCUGCACGGAGCCCAGCGUUUCCUCCACACAGCUGUAAAACUCAGUCUGAUGGAGUAGGAGCAUCCAAACAAAGGCAGUCGGGCCUCAGUGCUCACCUGAAAGGAAGCACACGAGCUCAACCUGCACGACUUUCAUUCUGAAUCUGAUGCAGAUGGAAACUCUCUGUCCAUCACUUCACUCGAGUCUGAUGAGCCACAAAGAGCAGACACACAACAACCGCAUGGUUCGGUUCCUCAUUUAACAAACAAUAUCUCAAUGGCACAAACUAGAACUGACUAGAAAUGAGGAAGCAGGUCGUGUGCGCAGGAACUGCAGACCCGACUUUGUUCCUGUGUGAAGCUGUUGAUGUGGGUUGAAGGCAGAACCGCGUCCACGUUAGAACAGGGCCUGAACUCCUCUCGCGUCCUGUUGAGUCUCCAGAUACAAACACAUCCCUUCAUUCAUGAAGUGGAGCCUGACGGAGCGGUGCUUAUUCCACCGUUAUUCAAGCACGCGGUUCAACUCUCGGCUUUUCUCUUUUCUGGCGCUGUUCUUCUUGAACUGUUCUUCUUCCUGUUUCACUUCCCCUUCAUUCACUUCCCUUUCAUUCGCUUCCUCACAGUUCAGCUCGUUGUUCUUCCCAGUUCCUUCCUCUGGGCUGAGUGUCAGAGCAGAAGCACGACACAAAUUAAUGUGCCUUCAUAACUGACUAAAUAUUUUGAAUGGACAUCAGAUCAGCAUUAGAGGCCAGGAAGUGACAUGGUUUCAGUCUGUCAAACUGUGCUGGUUUAGUGUGAGCAGCUUCAGACGGACUCGUGUUAGCAUCCAGUUAUGAAACGCAUCACUCUGAACCUACGGAGAGCCUCAGCCGGCAUAUCAGUGAUAUGAUGUUCAGGGAUUCUGUUUAUCACGUCCUACAGAGGCACAGGCAGAGCUUGGAGGAGGGACUCAUCAUUAGAGAAGUGAAAAUGUCUCAGUGUGUCUGUGAGCGGGACCGAGAAACCACCAAAGCAGAAUAUGAAGGUCUUUGCCUGCUUGGCCUGUGUCUUCCUCUCCCUGCAGGACGGAGGCGCUGCAGGGAUCCUCAUCUUUACUGGAGUGGCAGGAGAGGACCUGACCGUUCGGUGCCCACUCGCUGCGUCUGCAGCUGGGAUGUUCUUCUGCAAGGAACGAUGUGCAGAAGGAGACCCUCGGAUCGAGUCGAGCUUCGAACGCGCUCAGAACGCUCGGUUCAGCAUCAGACAUGACGCUGGAGGUUCUCUUCAAGUGACCAUCACACAGCUGAUGAAGUCUGACGAGGGACAGUACAGAUGUGGCUUCGGCACAGCCGCAUCGUCCACAUUAUUCAGGCAGAUGGAAAUCAUUGUCGUAGACGCGGUGUUGGACGGAAGCCAUGACUCUACGAUUAGACUUCACUCCACAUCUGGAAGCAGCGUCUCCGUUCGAUGCAGCUUCGCUGUCAGUGGAAAGCAGAAGUUCUUCUGUAAGGAGCAGUGCAGGGAGGAGGAGCUUCUGGUCGCCACAUCCCAGAGCACAGAGAGGAACGGGAGGUUCAGCAUCAAGUAUCUGGACUCCUCUGCAUUCGCACACCUGUAUGUGAGCAUCACACAGCUGACCGCGGCCGACGCUGGCUGGUACUGGUGCGGCCUGGACCAGUCCGCCCUGCGCUUUGAGGUGGUGGUCACAGAGGGCGCCGUGAGGCUGAGCGUGGCUGCGCCGCUGGUCGUCGCUGGCGUCCUGUCGUCCGGCGCCGCGCUGAUAAUCUGCAGGAGGAGCCGGCGCUGCGCUGAAGGUGAGACAGGACGUGUCCACUGGUCCAGAACCCGUCCCAGCUGUGAACAGCCUCAUCACCCCGUCUUCUCCACAGGUGUGCGGAGAAGAGGAGCCGCGCGUGGCACCAACAAAGAGGCCGUUCUCUACGAGAACGACUCCUCUGUGUCCAAACGAGCCGACUCCAUCUACAUGAGCCUCGAUCCAGCCUCCAGGGACCUGGACCAGAGCUACGCCACCCUGACGCCUGGUGACCUGGUGUUGGAUUAGUCAUUCGACCACAAAUUCAAUUCUACCUUUUGAUUAUUGUGAAUGUGUCAACGCUGAUUACAAACAUUUCUUACAAACAAAGCUCAUCCAUGUGUUUGCGUCGAACCCCAAACGACUCAAAUGUUUGAUAUGAGACUAAUAAACUGAGACCGAUG